AUGUCGUCCUCGCAGCAGCCACAGGAGGCGCCGCCAUCGUACGACCAGGCCAAGGCGCAGCCCUCGAGCCAGCCCGCUGGGACGUCGUCGGCGGCCACCGCUGCCACCACGUCGGGCGGCCUGCUCUCUGCGCCCAGCGUCGCCGAGGAGCGUCGCUCGAUGGAGGACAUGCUGCGCCCGCUGCCCAAGGGCUGGAUCCGCCAGUGGGACCCCGAGUCGCACCACAACUUCUUUGUCGAUACGCAGGCCAACCCUCCGCGCUCGAUCUGGGUCCACCCCUUUGACGAUGACCAGUUCCAGCGCGAGCACCCAGACGAGGUGCGCAAGGAGCGCGAGCGCCUCGAGCGCGAGAACCUCGUCCAUGCCGAGACCGACGACGACGACGACGAGCACCAACACCUCGGCGCCGCAUCCAAGGGCAAGCCAUCCUCGUCGUCUGGCAAGCCGCACCUCGGCGCCGCAGCGGUCGGUGGCGGUGGUGUAGGCGCUGCCGCCGGCUCCUCGUCGUCUGCGUCGGCCUCGACUCAGCAGCCAAAGGGCAUGAAGAAGUUCGGGCGCACCCUCAAGGACAAGAUGACGGGCACCACCCACGAGCAGCGCGAGCAGCAGCGCCGGCAGCGCGAGGCCGCCGAGCGCCGCGCCAUGGAACAGCACCAGAUGAUCCGCAACGCCCUCAUCCGCGCCGCCCAGACGGGCCAGCCCCAGUUCCUCGGACGCGACCAGCAGGGCCGCGAGAUCUUUGCCCAGCCACCGCCGCCCGGCGCCUUCCGCAUGGGCCCGUCGCUCGGCUACGGCCCGUACCAGACCAUGAACGGGCCGUACGGCGGCUACGGGCCUUACUCGCGCCCCAUGGGCCCGUACGCGCGCGGUGGCGGCAUGGGCAUGGGCGGCAUGCCCAUCCUCGGCGGUCUGGCGGGCGGAAUGCUCCUCGGCGGCCUCCUCUUCUAG